CUCGACCCCCAAAUAAUCAUGUAUCCAUAUGUUGUGCUCGUGAACCUUCGCGCACCCUGAUGCUCGGCCCCCAGCUUGAUCUGACAAUUACCAACAACAAGUGUUGGGCAUCCAUCUCUUACCCGGCGAAGCUAGCCAAAACUUUCAUACUUUGCAGAUUCACAUAUGCCCCUGCGACAGAGGUUCCCCCUCCCGUUCCCCUCCCCCCCUCCUCCUCCUCCCCCCACGCUGAAAUUCAGCGUUCACGCCUUCUCUAGUGUGGGGGAAACAUUUCUGGGGGAAAGAUGUCGAAAAGUUCAUUCGCAACAAACACGGUUUCCAAAAAUAUCGGCGCACGCACUGGAUCAAAUCCCAUGGCAUCCCACCGACAAAAGGACGUGGGGGGUAUGUAUGUAUGUAUGGCGUGUGCCUUUGGCCCUUUGGAGUUGUUGGCCUUGCUCGCUGUUGGAUAUGCCGAGCCCCCCCCCCCCGUGCUUCGUGUGACCAGCCACAGGAUGUCGGUGAUGUGUUUUUUGAGGUUGCUUGUCUGUUCACGGUCCAAAAUCUCACACCCAUCGCGAAGCUCAAUCAAUACUAGUAUAAACACUGUGGGAGCUAAGCUUUUUGUUAUUGGGGGUUAGAGUGUUUGAUUUCUCAGGAAAGCUUAGGUAGUGUCCACGGGUAUUAGAGCUUGCUAUCCUCCGCCGCGUAUAGAACCACCGUUGCGGGUAGAAAACAAGGGGAAAAUUAAGCCAGAAGAAGAAGAAGAAGAAGAAGAAGAAGAAGAAGAUUGUAGCCGAUUGACUCCAAGAAUUUUCACAUUAUUACCUGGAAAACUACGCAGUUUCGUCGCAUGGGAGUCUCACCUUUCAGCCAGUAGAUCUUUAGUUACGUAUGUCAAUACCAAAUUGGGAAUCUAGCCCUAACUUCCC